UUUACCCACCAACCGAAGGCUGAGCUUUGGAGGACACAUUGGGCCGUUGGAAGUAGCAUGACAAUAAUCCUCCACCGAGCAGCACAGCGCGGACAGUUCGCGGCGUGGCAUAGUACCGCCGGGGGUGCUGCUGCUGGACGCAGGAAAUUUAAUUAGUGUAUAGUCGCCGAGAUACACCGACCACUGGGGACGGACCGUUUAUUGGAAGGUCUCGUCUGACCGGGGCAGUUAGUUCUUCUCGGUACAGCGCUGCAAGUAGCAGGAACUCUCGCGAGUACUAACGGUGUGCAGUCGACUCGGGAACCUUACCCUUCUGCAAAUUGCUAAUUGCAACCCGUGAUCAGUGACAAUUGGUGCGCUCGUGUGCUAGCAGGUGUCGGUGGUCGGUUGAUUGAUUUUCAAUUGUGAGGAAUUUCGUGUCGUGUCCCGUGUCGCUCCGCCACCGCAGUAGUACAUCAUGCCACCGAAAGACGAUCCCGAGGUAGCGGCGUUGAAGAAGGAGAUCAAUGAUAUGAUCGCCAAAUUUCAGGAGGACCAGAAAAAGAAUGCCGAUUGCACAUUGUUCGAAAAGUGUGGCGACCUUGGCGACGUUCCGAAGGUGCGCAUCUCGACGAAAAAGUUCCUCAAGGGCCACAUCAACAAGGUGAACUCGGUGCACUACGCGGGUGAUUCGCGACACUGCGUUACCGGGUCGCUGGACGGUAAGCUGAUCAUCUGGGACACGUGGACGGGCAACAAGGUGCAGGUCAUCCCGCUGCGUUCGGCCUGGGUGAUGAGUGUGGCGUACGCGGACUCCGGCAACUUUGUAGCGUGCGGCGGCAUGGACAACAUGUGCACCGUGUACGAUCUGAACAAUCGCGACGCGCAGGGCAACGCGAAGAUCGUGCGCGAGCUGAUGGGGUACGAGGGAUUCCUGAGCUCGUGCCGUUUUCUGGACGACACACACAUCCUGACCGGGUCGGGCGAUAUGAAAAUCUGCAUCUGGGAUCUCCAGGUCGGCAAGAAAACGUCCGAGUUUGAUGCCCACGCCGGCGAUGUGGUUUCGAUCUCGAUGAGCCCGGACAAGAACACGUACGUGACUGGGUCGGUCGAUCGCACGUGCAAGCUGUGGGACGUGAGGGAAAACACACCGAAGCAGACCUUCUUUGGCCACGAGGCGGACGUGAACAGCGUAUGCUAUCAUCCGAGCGGAUUUGGCUUCGCGACUGGUUCGGAGGAUAAGACGGCCCGCUUGUUUGACUUCCGCUCGGAUCAGCAGAUUGGCCAUUACGAGCCACCGAACAAGAACAGUGGAUUCACGUCCUGUGCUUUGUCGCUGAGCGGCCGUUACAUCCUGUGCGGAUCGGACGACAACAACAUUCACAUUUGGGACAGCAUGAAGGGACAACACAACGGUACACUGAGUGGCCACGAAAACCGGAUCACUUCGAUCAGCAUGGCGCCGAACGGUAUGGCGCUGGCAUCGUGCAGCUGGGAUCAACACGUGCGUAUCUGGGUCUAGGCGCUCAGCGCGUGUCAACUGCUGGAGACCUCUCCGGACUAAGGCUACGCUUUUUGUCACCCAAUUUUUAUCGAACGCCGCCGAGAUGAUCUACACCCUAUACGCAAUAUCAGAACCAGCCGAGUUCCUUUCUACACCACUAUUACCAAUCGUUUCUGUAAGAAGCAAACACGCAAAUACAUAUAACUUGCUCCCGUUAUAACUAAUGUAUA